UUCUUUUCAAUAAAGCCAUGACUGUAACAACAAAUUCCAGUCAUGCAUAUACAAGCCUUGAUUUGACCACUCUUAUUUAAUUUACUUUAAUAUAAUGUUAAACAAAAACAAAACAAAAAUGUGCUACACUUGCCAAUUACCAUAUUGAAAAGUACUACUUAAACCCAGCUAAGAUUGAGCUAUACUCAACACACUCUCUCUCUCUCUCUCUCUCUCUCUCUCUCUCUCACAGACUUUGUAUUUUUGAAAGGUAGAGGUGUUUGAGUGUUGUGGAGGUUUCAGGGGAAAUUUUAUAAUUAAAACAGGAUGGCAGAUGUUCUGAGCGAAGAACAGAUUGUUGAGUUUAAAGAAGCCUUCUGUCUAUUUGACAAGGAUGGAGAUGGUUGCAUUACCGUUGAUGAAUUGGCGACGGUGAUUCGGUCUCUGGAUCAGAAUCCGACGGAGGAGGAGCUUCAGGACAUGAUAAGUGAAGUAGACGUUGAUGGAAAUGGGACCAUAGAAUUUGCAGAGUUCUUGAGCUUAAUGGCAAACAAAAUGAAGGAAACUGAUGCAGAGGAGGAGCUCAAAGAGGCCUUCAAAGUGUUUGACAAGGAUCAGAAUGGAUAUAUAUCAGCUACUGAGUUGAGGCAUGUAAUGAUCAAUCUAGGCGAAAAAUUGACCGACGAAGAGGUCGAGCAGAUGAUCAAGGAGGCUGAUUUGGAUGGUGAUGGCCAAGUUAACUAUGAUGAAUUUGUUAAGAUGAUGAUGACCAUUGGAUGAUGAUGACAGAUUUCUCCACGUAUUGAAGAAGAAUUCUCGUUCUCAUUCACAUUCAAAUUCAUCCUCAUUAGUCCAUAAGGAAUAAAGUUGUGUUGUCGGUAACCAACGACCAAACGUAGUAGGACUUGACUAGUACCCUUUGAUUUGUUCAAUUCAUUCAAUUCCACAUUGUAAUUUUUCCUUUUUUCCAUUUCUAGCUAGUCAAUAUCAUGGUGUGUUUCAUUUCAAAAGUAAAAACUCUCCCCAAUGUGAUAUAUAUAUCAAAUCUUUUGUUGAACGA